AUGGAGCCAGAGACUGAGCAAACACGUGCAGAUUUCACCGACUGGUGGCUUCGAACAGAGUUCGGCGCGAAUAAAGAUAUACAGAACAAUGUUCAUUGGGAUCACAAGAAGAGAGCCUCGGUCUGGGACUAUUUUGAUCAGGUCGCUCAUGAGCGGACUGGCGAGCCGAAGGUUAUGUGCAAACAUUGUCAUUCUGUACUUGUUCACCCGAAUAUUCGACGUGGAGGAACAUCACCCAUGAAGGCCCAUCUAACGGGUAACACCUGUCAUAGUAUGCCUAAACGAGGUAUAGACAAGAUGGUCACAGCACAGCCACAGAAAUCUACAGCAAUUUACUCCGACGAAAGACUUGCUCAGAAUAUCUUGUCUCUGAUCCUCGUUGCCCGGCUCCCAUUUCGAAUCCUCGAUCGACCAGAGUUCCAGGAACUAGCCAAUAAAAUCGCUCUCGCACCCUCAUCAAUCAAGCUACCCUCACCGAGGACCAUCAGUCGACAAUUACACUCUAAAUUUCAACAGAGACAACAGAGUGUACUGGAAAAACUACCGGAGGGCAGUGGACUGUCUCUAUCCCUUGACUGCUGGACAUCGCCUUUUAAGCAGGGCUUUAUGGCUAUUACAGGCUAUUUUUUGGAUGACGACUGGGAGUAUCGUGAGGCUUUACUUGGCUUUGAGCCUUUACAGGGCUCACAUACUGCAAGUUACCUCGGAUCAGUCGUUACUGAUGAGCUACGGAGUCGAGGCAUUAGAAGUAACGGUAUUGGCAAUGGUAUAUUCCGUGUUCCAUGUCUUGCCCACGUUAUUCAGUUGAGUCUUAAUCAACUGCUUGGGAAGAUGAAGGCAGUACCAUUAAAUAACAAAGCUGAGGAUGAGUGGCUGGAUGAGCCCACUGACCAUGAAUUCUAUGGCGAUGUGUACGGUAUUGCUACCAUCCUUGCCCCAUCAAAGAAGCUCCGAUUCUUUAACUCAAAGGACUGGCAAGGUGAUAUUGACUAUGGUGCAAGAUACCGUGAUUGCCUUGAGAAGGAGUUCUGGCGAUAUAAACGACGGGUUUCCGACCAGGCUAAACAAUCAUCCUCUACUACACAAGAGGAUUUGUAUAGCACUAUUGAUGAGAUCGAGAUGCUCUGCGAUUCACAGACUUCAUUACAACCUGGAGGGGUCUUAGAUGAGGAAGAGGAUGAUGAGCUCGCUCGUUAUAUUGCAAAAGAUCCAAUCAGUGACAAUGAGGAGAAUGAGGGUACACAGCGAGUCUCCCGUGUUCGCAAGACACCUAAGAUGCCCGAGGGAUUCCAGAUGGGCCCUCUAUAG